UUUUUUUUUUUUUUCUUGCGACAUAAAAUAAAAAUAAAAAUAAAUCUAAAUCUAAAAUUGGAUUGAAUUGUACAUAGUAAAUGGAUCGUAGUAGACAGUAGAACUUAUUUUUAGAACUUGAACAUUUAUUUUUUGCUUGGGUGAGUGAAAAAUCGUACAAUGAAGAUUUGUAUAUAAAGGCAAACACUUCUUCUUCUUCUUUUUUUCCAUUGUAUUGUAAACAAAAUAAUAUUCAGCAACUUCUUUUUUUGAUUAACAAUAUAUUAAAAAUAUGAAGAUUUCUAUUCUUGGCGCUGUAACUCUUUUCUUCACUAGCUAUGGAUUAGUCUCUGCUCAUCCUACCAAGACUAAGCAUGACAAGUGUACUCCUACCAAGCCUUAUUUACCACAAAAAUCCCCCAUCUUUCCUAGUAUGGCUCCUGCUACUGAUGUUGUUUCUGAAUAUAAUUAUGGUCCUUAUAAUCUUAGUACUUCUUUGCCUACCUAUCAAAUUACUAAAGGUUAUCCACCUAUCUGGAAGAAGCCUGAUCCCAAGCAUCCUGAAGUCCAGGCUGCUGUCAAACAAAUUGAUUGGUCUCUUGUCCCUAAGGCUCCUGUAAGACAUCAAGACCAUAAGGGUAACUUCAAACCUGAUACAGAUGGUAAACACGAUCCUUAUUGUUGGUGGUCUGAUACCAAUUGUGUUCAUCCUAAGAUUAAUAUCCCUGCUGAUUACUAUCAAUGUCCUCGUGCCGGUGAUUGGGGUUUGGGCUUUGAUGAUGGACCAUUCAAUCUUUAUACAGGAAAACAUGCUAGUCUCGAAAAUCCUUGGGCUGAACCACAACUCUAUAACUGGUUAGCUAAACACAACAAUCAAAAGGCCAAUCUUUUCUAUAUUGGUUCCAAUGUUGCUACCUAUCCUGCUGCUGCUAAACGUGGUUUUAAUGACGGCCAUCUUAUUUGUGUCCAUACUUGGUCUCAUCCUCCCAUGACUACCUGUUCUAAUGAAGAAGCUGUAGCUGAAUUUUAUUGGACCUUGAAGAUCAUCAAGGAAGUGACUGGUGUUACACCUAAAUGUUGGAGACCUCCUCAAGGUGACGUUGAUGAUCGUAUUCGUGCUAUUGCUUGGCAAAUGGGUAUGCAUACUGUUAUGUGGGAUUGGGAUACUAACGAUUGGGAUAUGCCCGCCCCCGGUGGUGGUAACUUACCUCCUAGCACUGUUGAUGGUUAUUUCAAAGGCUGGAUUGCCGAUCAAAAAUCUGGAAACCAAACUCAUGGUCACAUUGUCCUCGAACACGAACUUAAUAGUCAAACUGUUGGCAUGGCAGAAAAAUGGUUACCUACUAUCCAAAAGGUCUUUAAUGUCGUUCCUGCUUUGGUCUGUAAUAAUGUCACUAAGCCCUAUUGGGAAGAACAAUAUGUCUAUCCUCUUGAAACUAUACCCGCUAGAAAUGGAACUAUGAAUAUUACUUUAUCAUCAUAAUAUCCUUUUUUUAUUUCAUAAUUUAGACAUAUUUUUUUUUAAAAAAAAAAAUAAAAAUAAUAAUAAUAAUGUAAAAAAAUAAAAAUAAACUUUUUGGUUGCAUAUU